AUCUUAUCGCUUUUUAAAAUCCACUUUGAAAUGAUAUUGAGUAAUUUUACGUCAUCAACCUUCUUGAUAUAUAAAUGCGGGCAAAUGUGUUGAAAAGGGUCCUUCUUGCAAGCAGAAAGGAUGUAUCCAUUUUACAAUAGAGGCACCUUUGUGGUAGUUGCUCUUCAUUUCCUUGGCGUAACAUCUGUAAUCGACAGAUGCCUGCCGGGAGAGUCAUGCUUCCCAGACAACCCAGUCAUUCUCAAUUUUGGUAAAUCCCUGGACGGAGUAUUGUUACUUCCAUACAUGCAGGAAUACACUGAAGUUGUGGUCACACGCGAUGUUGUCUGGACAAAGUUUCCCAUCGGGAUAGUUGUGGCUAAAUCAACCCUUGAUGUCCAGAGAAGUGUCCUGUUUGCUCAGAAGUAUAAUUUGCUGGUGUCUGUACGGUCGUCGGGUCACGACUUUCUAGGCAGAUCCACAGCCCACGGAAGUUUACAAAUUCUUUUGGGCAACAUGACGAAAACUUCAAUGAUUCUUGCAUCGCCAAGGAAUCCAGCAGGGGAAAUUACUUGCGAAAGCGGGAACACUUGGCUUAAAGUUUAUGAGGAGGUCGACAAAGUUGAUCGUGUCAUAGUGGGGGGUAGUGCUCAUACCGUCUGUAUGGGUGGCUAUACUCUUGGAGGUGGUCACAGUCCGAUGUCAAGGACGUUUGGGUUAGCCGUGGAUAAUCUACUGGAGGUAGAAAUGGUGGACGCCCAAGGUCGUAUCAUAGCGGCAAACGACCACAUGACACGCAUACAACAUUUGAACGGUAGUGUAACAUCGACCAACAAUAGCGACAUCUUCUGGGCUUUACGCGGAGGAGGUGGCGGGACGUUUGGCAUUGUUACUAACUUUACGUUUAAACUGCAUUACCCAGCAUCUGGAGUAGCGACAUUUGAUUGCUCUUAUCCUAUCGUGCGUAGUGACGAAACAGAGAUUGGUCAUAUUGUUCUGAAGAAGAUGGUGUCAAUGUUGCAAAAUCUACCUACGGAAUGGGGUGGUUAUUUGAUUGGGUCUGGUACACCGAACGCCGACUCCUCUUGGGGUAGCAUUAUGCUCGCCAUGAAUCAUUAUGGGUCUUAUGAUGCACCCACGAGGUCGUAUAUGGAUGAACUAAAGAACUUUCACCCCGAAUGGCAACAAUAUUGUGCGUAUAAGCGCCUUAAUACAUUUUUGGAGUACGAAUCAACUCCGAAGGACCCUCCAUAUGUCAGCACAUAUCUUCUAAAUACCCUAAUGCAAGAAGACAGUUUCACGGAUGAUUGGAUCCAAUAUAUUUUUACGACUUUGGCAACAAAAUUACCACAACCCGGCAUUGUGACUUUCACAGGGAUUUUGAUCGGAGGGAAGACAUCAGCAGUAGGAAUACAGGAAACAUCGGUGCAUCCUGGAUUUAGAUCUGCCGUUAUGUCAUUAUCGGUGGGUAUAGUCCCCGUGGGAGAGAACAUCACAGGGCUACGCGAGAAGGCGGCAGAAAUGGCUCCACAGCUGGCUGAGUAUGGAAAUGGCCAGUACCCUAACGAAGCGAACGCUGACCUGACCAACUGGCAAAAUAAAUUUUGGGGCAGCAAUUACCAUCGUCUGCUUAGCAUCAAGCGUCAGUGGGACCCAAAUAAUUUUUUCACUUGUCGAGAGUGUGUUGGAUCCGAAGACCAGACAUCUUCGCAUGCCCAUGUAUCUGACAAUCAUGGUGUUGUGUUUUCAGCAGAAAUGAACAAAACGUAGUCGUCUUCAUAUUCAUUGAGCAUUGAAAUAAGUUAUUUUGAAAACAUCAUAUAAAAAAUUAUUUCUGAAUAAAAACUUGCACAGUA